GCCGUUCCGGGAGCGUUCGGGCCCUUUCCCAGGCUGCCGCCGGGCUGGGAGGCUGGAGCGGGCUGGAGGCGAGCGGCGGCGGAUGGGGCCGACGGAGAGGCUCUGGGAAGGCAGACACAGCGAGCCACCACGUGCUUUUGCCCCCUGGAUUCCAAGAAACCCGCUUAUUUUUUGGUGAAGCAGACCCUGACCUCCUGUUUCUUCGCUGCAUGCCCGCUCACGAGUGCUGGAUUAUGUUUGUCUCCUUCUCCCUUUGCUCCAUAAUUUGGUUGAAUCGUGGUUUCAAGCUGAGGAAAAGGGGCUGCACCUAAAGGCACCGGGACCGGGCUCGUGGGCUGCCUCUUCGUGCAGAGACGUUCAGAGUGCUGAUGGGGGAGAGCUGCCUCUGAGACCCCUCCUCUCCUCGCCCCAAACACUCUGCCUCGCCCUUCAGAGCCCUCCUCUCCACGGCAGAGAGAAUGGGCAGCACCGAUGGGUUCCAGUACCGCGCGCUCUACCCCUACCGCAAAGAGCGCGAGGAGGACAUUGACCUGCUGCCUGGGGACAUCCUGGUGGUGAGCAGAGGGGCCCUGCAAGCCUUGGGCUUCAAAGACGGGGAUGAGCAGACCCCUAAUCAGAUCGGGUGGAUCCUGGGCGUCAACGAGCGGACCAAGCAGAAGGGCGACUUUCCCGGCACCUACGUGGAGUACGUGGGGCCUGUCAAGAUCUCCGUCCCCUCUCACCGGCCCCGGGUGCAGAGACCCCUGCCCGCCACGCCGGGGGCCAGCGGCUGCCGCCUGCAGGAGGCCCUGGAACAAGGGUCUCCUCUGCCAGACUUGCAGGAGCAGUUCAGCCCUCCCGAGAUCGCGCCGCCGCUGCUGGCAAGGCUGGUGGAAGCUAUCGAGAAGAAAGGGCUAGACAGCGAGAUGCUGUACAGGACAUCUGGCUCCGAGCUGAGGCAAGCGCUGAGAACUGAUUGGACCCUGGGUGACCUGGAGCCCUUCGACGUGCACUCCCUGGGCGAGGCUCUGCGAGGGUACCUGCAGGACCUGCCCUCCCCCGUGGUGCCGGUGUCUGUGCACGGAGACGUCCUCCGUGUCCUGCAGGAGGUCUCCCAGCCGGAGAAUUGCCGGAAGCAGCUGCUGCUGGCGCUGGAGUCGCCUGCGGUCCCGCUCCAGAACACGCUCACCCUGCAGUUCCUGCUCCGACAUCUGGGGAAGGUAUCGCAGCAGGCCGAGAGCAACGGCCUCCACCCUCGGGCCCUGGCAGAGAUCUUCGGCCCCCUGCUCCUCCGGCUGCCUGGCGCCAGCCCAGAGCUCAGCCCUGACUUCUCGGUGCUGUUUUUGGAGAUGCUUCUGCAGACAAAGGAGUUGGAGCCAGAACAGUUGCCUCCAGCCUUGCCUCCCAAGCCACCGAAGCCGAAGCCCAGCGCCGCCAGCCUGGCCAACGGGAACAGCGUGCCCUUGCAGGAUGCCGAGUGGUACUGGGGCGACAUUUCUCGGGAGGAGGUGAACGAGAAGCUCCGGGACACCCCUGACGGCACCUUCCUGGUGCGUGACGCCUCCAGCAAGAUCCACGGGGAGUACACGCUGACGCUGCGGAAGGGAGGCAAUAACAAGCUGAUCAAGAUCUUUCACCGAGAGGGGAAGUACGGCUUCUCCGAGCCCCUGACCUUCGGCUCGGUGGUGGAGCUCAUCACCCAUUACCGGCACGAGUCGCUCGCCCAGUACAACGCCAAGCUGGACACCAGGCUGCUCUACCCCAUCUCCAAGUACCAGCAGGACCAAGUGGUGAAAGAGGACAGCGUGGAAGCCGUCGGGGAGCAGCUGAAGGUCUAUCACCAGCAGUACCAGGACAAGAGCUGGGAGUACGACCUGCUGUAUGAGGAGUACACCCGCACUUCCCAGGAGCUGCAGAUGAAGAGGACGGCGAUCGAGGCCUUCAACGAGACCAUCAAGAUCUUUGAGGAGCAGUGUCAGACGCAGGAGAAAUGCAGCAAAGAGUACAUCGAGCGCUUCCGGCGGGAGGGCAACGAGAAGGAGGUUCAACGGAUCCUCAUGAACUCGGAAAAGCUCAAGUCUCGCAUCACAGAGAUCCACGACAGCAAAAUGAAGCUGGAGCAGGACCUGAAGAAACAGGCCUCAGAGAACCGGGAGAUCGACAAGCGCAUGAACAGCCUGAAGCCAGACCUCAUGCAGCUGCGCAAGCUGCGGGACCAGUACCUGGUGUGGCUGACGCAGAAAGGCACCCGGCAGAAGAAAAUCAAUGAGUGGCUGGGCAUCAAGAACGAGACAGAGGACCAGUACUCGAUGAUGGAUGAUGAGGAGGAGCUGCCCCACCACGAGGAGCGAACGUGGUACGUGGGGAAGAUCAACCGCUUGCAGGCAGAGGAGAUGCUGUGUGGCAAACGGGACGGCACCUUCCUGAUCCGCGAGAGCAGCCAGAAGGGAUGCUACGCCUGCUCCGUGGUGGUGGACGGUGACACCAAGCACUGUGUGAUCUACAAAACGGCGACGGGCUACGGCUUCGCUGAGCCCUACAACCUGUAUGCCUCCCUCAAGGACCUGGUCUUGCACUACAAGCACACGUCCCUGGUGCAGCACAAUGACUCCCUGAAUGUCACUCUGGCUCACCCGGUCCUUUCCCAGCCACCAGCCAGAUGAGCAGCCCGUGCACAACACACCAGCUGCCUUCAGCUUCUCCCCAGGGCGCUGCUUUCUGGCUCUGGACUCUUGCACCCUGUAUAGUUGAGUCUCUGUGCUCCUGCCCCUCCAGAGCCUCUGAGAUGUCUGUGACCGUCCCUGAUGUCCCCUUUUGGUCGGUAGCUGAAACCCGUGUUGGCUGACGGGACACAAAGGCUGGGCUGUCGCUUCCCAGUGGGCUCCAGCCUCCAGGAGGUGGGAUCCAGUUGUGAUUGAAUUGCCAGGGGCGAGCACAGCCCCUUCCCCUUCCCUGAUGUGCAGGUCAGACCCCUCCUUGCUGGCAGGUCACCCCGCUACGUAUCACUUGCAGAGCUCAGCUCCCAGCUCCUGCUGUGGCCGAGGGGCUCCUGAGCGUGUGCCCCCUCCCUUGUCCCUCCCCUCGGGGCCCCUGCGGGCUGCAGUGCUGUCAGGUACGAGAGGUGCUGCUGCUCUUGUGUGCAGAGACUCACUUGAACGGGACAAACCCCGUCCUCCUUGGCUGAGGUCUCUGCUCUGGGCCAUGCCCCACCUCGCUGUCUCCCUCUCUAAUGUCACAACCACCUCCUGAGUGUUGCUGCCUGGGAGGGAGAGGCCCUGCUUAGCCACCAACCUCUCGCCUUAGUUGUGUCAACCAAGCUGUGAAACCCUCGUUGGUACCCGUGUGCUUUGCCCAGCAGAGCCUGUGGGCUGCACAGCUUGUUGCCAGCUGUCUGGGCUGAAGCUCUGCAGACAAACCCCCCUGGAAGCUCAGUGUAGCUCUGUAAAUAUGGUUCUGUUUGUAACCAGCUGCUUUUCCUCGUCCUGGUGUUUGCUGAACCCGCCGUGUGACGCGUGGGCAGUGGCUGAAGGGGCUCUGGCAGCCCCAGGCCCCGCAGCAGCAGGAGGGGCCGCAGUGGGACACACACUACGAGCCCUACACAAGAUGAAGGACGCCUGUGCUGCAGGAGAUGGUGUGUGCAGUGGGCCUGGGGCACAGCAGUGGCCGUGCAUGAUGCCCCACCAGCUAUGCCGAGCACUUAGAAUCACGAGUACUGUAUAGGGCUGGGGGUGCUGUGGUGCUGCCCGGCGUGGGCAGGAGCUUGUGGGGGCUGAGGGCUGCAGGUGGCCGUGGAAGAGCUUUAAAAGCCAGAGCUGGGCUGGAAGUUGAGGCUGUGGCAGCAUUUGCUUUGCUGGGCUGUUUGGGGGUUUGCCCAAGAGGCUGUUUCCCACAGGGCUGUGGGAGAGCUGCGGACUCUGCCACUUCUGCUUUGCGUUGUGACACGGGCCCGGCCGGGUCUGCGGGUGCUGCAUGUGCUCUGCGUCCUGUCCCCAGCGUGUCCCCUCCUGCCUCGCCAUGCUCUGCUGCUCGCUGCCCUCCACGCUGAUCCCCACAGCUGUUUGGGUCUGGGAUUGCUGGAGCAAAGGUCCCAUUCCUGUUGUUCUCCUGGGCUCGGUUGUGCAGGCCCCGUUCCCUGCUCUCUGUGUCCUCUCCAGGCGCAGGGACUGGGGGGUUGGUUCUGGUUGUUUUGGUGUUGGGUGCUCUUCAGGAUGUAGAGCAGCAGAUGAGUUCCUGAUGCUGACCCAUCACAGCUUUGGGGCUCUUUUUGGGAUCACUCAGGAAAAGCUGCCAGGCAUAAUUAAGGGAAUAGUUUGGGCUGUGAUUUGGGAGCGGGGCAGGAAGGGACAGUGCUCACAGCCCUCUCUGCAGGGGCCUCCCAGGGCCCGUGGGGUGGCUGGGGGAAGCCACACCAACACCCCAAAGCUUUCUGCCAGGCUCCUGCACCGCUCACAGCGGCACGUGCUCAGCCUGGGGACUCUGCUGGUCCUGUGCUUCCAGCAGGUCCCCACGCCCCAGGCCAGGCUGCAGGCCCCUCACCCUACAGAGUCCAUGCCCCCCUCACCCCACUGACAACACCGUGGGGCUGCUCCUGCCUGGGCUUUGCUCUGGGCUCAGGCCUGGGCUUGUGAGCUUGGGGACAGCUUCUGCUUUGCUUGGUGCUCGUCCCAGCUCUGCUCCUAGGGGAAAUUCCAGCGCUUUUUUUAUCCUUUCAGCUGAAUUUCUGCUCUUCUCCCCACACUGUCCCUUCCUGCUGCCCAGCUGGAGCCCCUUUCCUCCCCAGGAAGCGUGGGCAGCUCGGCCUGAGCGCGGGGUCCUCACAGACCACCCCUCUGCAUCUUCCAGCACGGCCCUUCCUGCCCAGCAGCCCCGUCCCCACGGCCCGUGCCCAGCGGGCUCAGCCGGCACGUCCUGCGUGCAGCCAGGCGGGAGAUGCCCUGUGCUGGGGCUGCCUUUCCCUGACGGGGCUUGACGUGGCUCCGUGAAACACAGCUUUUCCCUCAUCCCCCUCCUUGGGGUGGAAGCCCAAGCCCUGAGCUCCCUGCCUGCCCUGCAGCUCCCCCGCCAUCAGCUACUUGUGAUUUGUCCUUUGCUGCUUUCGCUCGUGCUCUUCCCAGCGCCGGAUGAACCCGGCAGCCGCGUCUAUUUGAGGCCCUGGGCUGUGCUUUGCUGCUUGUGACCCCCCUGUACCGUGUGUUCCCUCCCUCCCUCUCUCCCUCCCCAUGCCACACACCCACACGGGUGUAACGUGGCCGUUCCUGUUCCCCAGGGCACAGCUCUGGGCUUGUCCCCUCUGUGUCCCUGCUCGGGGCUGCUCCAGGCUCCCCCCCGUGAACCCCCCGAGGGCUCUCGUGUCAGUGGCAGCUGCGGGAGGGCUCCUCGGAUCUUAGUUCCUAGGUAUAUGCAAUAAUGAGUAACUUGCCACUUCAGCUCUUCGUUACCAGCAGUAGUUCUGUUCUCUAUGCUCUUUCUGUUGAUGUUUACUAAUGUAAACCCAGUAUUUGUUACUGUAAGAGGAUUUUUUGUACGGUACUUCAGAAAAAAACCCCACAAAACCGCCACAAAGAGGAAAAAAAAAGAGAAAAAGCAAGAAAUAAACAGAAUUAAUGACCUG